AUGGGCAACGCAGAAUCCACUGCCUCGGAUUUGCAUGACAACUAUUUGGCUGUUCUGAAGAGUGUCGAGAACCGCUUGGGACAGUUCCCGAACCGUAGCCUCUCCUUCCAUUCACAGCCUGAAAGCAAUGGCCGUUCUCGUGUCAGGACAAACACCGAGGAAGCCUGCCAGGAGCUCGGCAAGCGAGAUGCUGCAAACCGACCCCGCAAACUGUCAUCCAAGGGCGAAAAGCCCUCUCGGUCUGUGCAGCAGUCGGGUUUGAAUUCCUCCGUAGACCAUUCGAGUGCCAGUGCAGAUGCGAAGAAACGCGGAAAGGAACGCGCCCACCGCCGGCGGGAUGCUGCGCAGUCGGACGAGGACGGAAACUCUUCUCAUCCGAGUGACGGCAAGCGCCGGACCGCUAAAGGAGAGCCUCCAAAUCUGGAGUCGACGGCAACGGGAUCCGACUGGGAAGACGCAGCUGUCAACGACUUCGCGGAGGAGGAUGACUGUGCAGUAGCCAGCCCCGCGCACUUCAAGCUUCAGACAAAGGAUUCAGGUGUCAAGGCGCCAUCCCCGCGACUUUUCCCCUGUGAAACGCUGUCUGACGGACCUUCCCAAAGAGACUUAGAGGACGACGAGAAAACGGAAGUCGACGGAAGUCUCGGUUCUUCGCCCGGUUCCCCCACUGCCUCUGCAGGCAGCGUGACCGGGGCGACCGGGGGCCGAAGCUCGGACGCCAGGAAGGAGAGGGCCGAGGGAAAGGGAAAGGAUCCUGUGAACACAUCCGACAAAUCCAAACGCGACCCUCGCCAAAGGAGCAACGGGAGCGUGGCGUCGUCCGGGACCAGUGGCGCGUGUCUGCACACUGGACAGCCACAUGCAGCGCGGAAGAGUUCCCCGCCUUCGAAGCAAAGCCGACAAAAAGAGCAGGUUACACAGCUCAGCGCAGCAGACAUUGCCCUUCCUUCACAUGCCAGUGGAGGGUGCACGCAGGAAGGGAAAGAAAAAGGCUGGGCCGAUGGAGACUUGGCCGAGUUCGCGGGCGACUUCGAAGGGUUUUCGCCGCACUCCCCCUCCUACUCGUUCGGUCUCACUAAGCUCCCAAAAAAGGCGAUAGCGAAAUCAGGAAAGACCGAAGAACGCCCCCCGUCCGCAGGAACGUCUGCCAGGGGCAGCGGCAACAAGGCGUCCGCAGACGCGGAUGCCUGCAUCUACGGAAACAAGAAAAACCACUUUCCGUUUCUCGACGAACCCGCCUUGUCACUGCUUGUUCCAUUUCUCUUCGGCAAAAGCCUCGCAACUUGCAUGGCUGUGUGUCCUCACUGGUUCAUGAAGGUCAACCGGGCUAUGGAACACAAGUGUGCGCCUGUCACAAAGGGCUUCCAGCAAAUGUACUCAAAAUACUUGAAAGUCUGGGGAAGCGCUGUCAAGCUUCAGCCUCUCCAGACGGCAGGCGAUGGAGGAGUCCGCGUGGACUGGGUCAUCUUUGCCAAGGUUCUCCCUGCAUGCGAGGGAAACAUCCUUGACAUCUCGUAUACAUAUUCCUACAUACCCGACGACGCAAGCUCCACUUCGCGUUCGGUGGACGACAAGGCCUCCGCCAGUGGGAAGACUCGAGCGCGCGGACGACAGACUGGAGAGAGGACACGUUCGUCUAGCCAGUUCGACGAAGGCGUCAUUCUCUCUCCGUGUGGACAGCCGUGCCCGACGCACACGCCUUCCCGCAGCUUCACGGUGUCGUACUCGUUGGCGGCGAGCGCCGCGCACAGUAGCCGGACUCUCUGGAUGCACCGUGACAUGUGUCGGUUCCACGGCGACGAGACCGGUGUAGCUGCGAUGGGGUCGGUUGCGCGCGUCUGCGUGGGCGACUUCGUGGAAGUCGCUGUCACUGUCUACAGCGGAGGCGGCCGCGUGGCGCUGGACAACGUCCACUGGCUGCCUGCGCGAACGGAGCAUCGACAGGAGUCUGUGUCGACUAGAGGCGUCUUCAACCGAGAGAUCUGUCCUUUGGAACGCUGCUCGCCCGAGUGGUUGCCUGCGGAUCAAUUUCGAAUCCUUGCCACUGAGCGUCCGAAGGCACCAGAGGACUUCUCUCCCCACUUGAAGCACGUGAAGACCGAGUUCUCCGGUAUGGAUGUCGCUGUUCGCAAGUCGAGAUAUCGAGCGGUCCGCCAAGGUUCGCUGGGAUCGGCCGCGUGUCGCUGUUGGGGAUUCCCGUGUGAAAUCCUUCCUCAAGGCUUGCCGGUAGUUUGUUCCCUCACACGUCGGGGGCUCCAGCAUGAUCGGUUUCUCUCCGUUCAACUGCGUGAGGGCGACGUCCUCGAUUACUACGUGAGUCAGGGCGGCGCGACUGCGUGA